CCAAGUAUCCGCUACCUGUUGGGACUAAAAUUAGUGCAUUUAAGUAUAAUAAGCACCUCAAACUGAGCCUUAAAAGACUAAGCUUUAAAAGCCUGGAGUUCCAUUGGGCAUGCCCUUGCCAUAUAAGCACUGUAGGUCUGGAGUGCUUUCAUAUGAGGGCUCCUUAUCUUCACUUAUUACUGGAACAAUCCAGAAAUAAUUUACUUGUAAACCCAUCGGCCCGAGGAGGGGGAUGUUUAAGACAAGUUGGCAGUUAGUCCUCAGAUGCUCUAGCAGGGGCGAAUGGAGAACACAAUAUUGGGAGGGGCACUAUAAGAUUAUUUAAUUUCAGAGUGAGAUAUAUGCUAUAUACAUUUAUUAUGCAUAUGGACAUGCAUGCACAGACAUCUAAUUUCACUGACACACAAACAAGCUCAAUGGCAAACACACACAAGCUCACUGACAAACUCUCUGACACACUGACUGGGAAGACUUUAUCAAGACAAUGUUCAUAUUAGGAGAUGCACCUGUACUCAAGCAGCAUUGCCAGAGCAGGAUUAACCACAAUGCUACCCUAGGCAUUAAAGCUAAACAUUUGAGAAGGAUUCAGUCUGUACAAACAGGUGCACAAUUAGCAUUUAGAUUAGAAAGAUAAAAUGUUGGUAUUUUAAAUAGGACCGCUAUACAACGUUCAUGGUACUGAACCUAGAAUAUUUAUUUUUAGGGAUUUAAAAGUAUAUACCGUAUUUAUCGGCGUAUAACACGCACCUCAUUUUAAGAAGGAAAUUUCAGGGAAAAAAAACUUAAAUGACCACUAUAGUGGUCCUUUAAGUUUUUUUUCCCUGAAAUUUCCUUCUUAAAAUGAGGUGUGUGUUAUACACCCUCAGGGACCCCCUCCCACCGGGCUCUGGAGAGAGGAAGGGGUUAAACACUUACCUUUCUCCAGCGCCGGACGGGGAGCUGUACUCCUCCUUGCUCGCGACGUCAUCGGUUGAAUGCGCACGCGAGGCAGGAGCCGCGCGCGCAUUCAGCCGGUCGCAUAGGAAAGCAUUUACAAUGCUUUCCUAUGGACGCUUGCGUGCUCUCACUGUGAUUUUCACAGUGAGAAGCACGCAAGCGCCUCUAGCGGCUGUCAAUGAGACAGCCACUAGAGGCUCUGGAGGCUGGAUUAACCCUCAAUAUAAACAUAGCAGUUUCUCUGAAACUGCUAUGUUUAUAAAAAAAAGGGUUAAUCCUAGAGGGACCUGGCACCCAGACCACUUCAUUAAGCUGAAGUGGUCUGGGUGCCUAGAGUGGUCCUUUAAAUUUCAAAUAAAGAACUUCUUACCCCCUUUCUUACUCCCCCCUCCCCCUCUUGCCCCUUUCUUACUCCCCCUCUUCUUACCCCCCUUUCUUACUCCCUCCCCCUCUUGUUACCCCCUCUUCUUACCCCCCUCCCACCCCCUCCCCCCUUUCUUACUCCCCUCCCCCCUCUCUUACUCCCCACUCCCCCUUCUUACUCCCUCCUCCCCUCUAUUCACCCCUUCUUACCCUCUCCCCUCUAUUCACCCCUUCUUGCCCCCCUUCUUACCCCCUCCCUGUGGCGUGGCGACAGCUCUGCUGUCAGCGGUGGCGGCGGCGGGGUGAUAGGAAGGUGCGCUCAGUGUGCACCUUCCUGUCAGUCGACGGGUACAGGAAACAGAAACUCCCAUUUCGCCCGGAACAGGGUUUCUGUUGGUCGGCAAACAAGGAGGCACACUGGCGUGCACUCCGGCUUAACCUAGAAUACCAACUGCAGCCGCCUGAGCGCUCUUGACAGAGCGCUCAGGCGGCUGCAGUAUUUAAAGGGCCAGCGUAUAACACGCACCCACAAUUUCUCCCCUAUUUUCAGGGAGAAAAAGUGCGUGUUAUACGCCGAUAAAUACGGUAUACAUAUAAAUGACCAUGCAAAUAUUAAAUUUCACUUCUGUCUCAGAAGUAAAGCAGAAACAAAACACUGUGAAAUAAAGAAGUGAUUCCUCGUGAUUGUCAGCUGGUGUCCUUAACCCUUUCAUGAUGUUCUAUGUCGUGUGUUACUGUGCUGUGCUUGAGGUGGAGAUACCAUCUAGUCAAAGUGAAAUGAUGAUGUACUUAACCAGGGGAGGGCUGGCAGCCUUAGGCCUGGGGGGCAAAAUCAGUCAAGUGGCCCAUUGCACCACCAAAUCAGUUCACCAUCCAUGCCCACCUUUUCCUGGUUUUAUAACGGAUAUUGAUGUUAUGCUAAUCAGUAGCUCUUUGCCAUACCUGCUCCUUCACGGCUCUGACUUUCAAUGUUGUCAGAGCGCAGACUGAGAAUCUCUGAGCCUGUGCUCUGACUCACUAACUGAGCGCCGGAACCACGAGGGAGAGAAUAUAAUCUGACUGCACCUACUGCUGGUGCGCACCAGUGGACACCCAGUGAAUCGUUUAAAUUGAAUAUGCUGGUGUCCCCAACUUGUGAGCUGUGUUGGCCGCCGGGCGCCUCUGUUGUCAUGGCACCCUGCGUGAUCGCACAGCGUGCACACCCCAAUGGCUGGCCCUGCUGACACACACUGAUGUUACUACUUAGACAUCCCUCAAUAUUAAUACAGACAUCAGAGUAAACACCAAUAAACUGUGGAAACAGAGCUGAACCCCCCAAAUUUAUAAAGAUUUGCUUAGUGGAUUUGUUGUAAGAUUAAAUCAUGCCUCCUCCUCUCUCCCAUGCGCUGCUCUGUAGGCUGGGAGGAAGUGAAGAGCAAUCACAAUCUCCCAGCACAGCGGCACCUGUGGCUGCAUGGGGAACAGCUGUUUAAUGUAAUGCUUGCAGGACGGCCAGCUGCCGCAGAACCUCUUUGUUCCCGUCUCUGCAAAGGGCUCCAGGCACUGCUUGUUGUGAGUGUGAGCCACAGUAAAUUAUGGGCAGAGGGCACUUGCACUGUAAAGAUGGAUCUGGGCAGGAGGAGAGUGCUGUGCAAUCAGUGCACUCCCCUCCUGUGGGUCAACAGUAGACUGGUGCACCUGCCCAGGAUCAGAGCCGGUGCAAGGAUUUUUGCCGCCCUAGGCAAAAGAAAAAUUUGCCGCCCUCCCCAUAUGACAUCACAAUGCCCCACCUAUAUGAUCUGCCAUAUGAACUAAUGCCAGUGCUGCACACAGUGUGUGUUUACAUUAAAAAGUCUGCAGGGACCGGCUAUAGACACCAGAACCACUUCAUUAAGCUGAAGUAGUUCUGGGGACUAUAGUGUCCCUUUAAUGUGAGGUAAAUUAUAGAUUAGUGUCACUAAUAAUAUACUAGAUUGCCUACUUACAACCAGAUGAGGAAGAGGAUGGGCUGCAGUUUGGCUCCACUGGUUUGGUGUAGAACAGGAUCUCUGGAGGCUGUAACUGUGGUCACAUAAUUCAAAAUUCUAGUAGAAUGGGAAGCAGCUCCAUUUUUUGGGGACCUCUUACACAGCUCAAGGUCUGGGCCCCAGGGACUGACGGUGAGUAUGCCCAUAAGGCCCACCUAUAAGUUCACCUACAUGUUCCACCCAUGAGUUUGCUCACAGGAAGUGGAGUGUGUAGGGGAUGUGUUAUGUGUUAUUGUAGAGGAUCUAAUGUGUGUGCUUAUGGUAUGUAGUGUAUAGGGAUACCAGUUUGUGUAGGUGAUGCAGUGUAUUUGUUUGUAGUGGAAGCAGUGUGUGUUUGUGUAUAAGGGAUGUAUUGUGUGUUUCUGGUUGUGUGUAAAGGAUGCAUUGUGUGAAUCUGUGUUUGUAUGCAUAAGGGAUACAAGUUGUGUGUCUGUAAGUGUGUGCAUUGAGUGUGUGUAAGAAAUGCUUUGUGUAAUGGAUGCAUUGUGUGUUUCUCUGUGUGUAAGGGAAGCAUGUUGUGUUUCUGUGUAUGUAUAGGGAUGCAUUGUGUGUGUGUGUGUGCGCGUAGUGUGAAAGAGCUCCCUGUCCUACCCCCUGUCCUAUAGAGCUCUCCCCUGCCCCUUAGUGGUCUCUCCUCCCCCAUCCCCUAGCAGUCCCUUCUCACACCCACCCACCCUCCCUGUGCUCUUCUCAUCCCCCCCCCCAAACCUCUGAUGUUCUUUUCACCCCCCCUCCAUGUGUUCUCCUCACUCCCACCCUGCGUUCUUCCCACCUCCCAUUCCAAGUGUUCUCCUCACUUUGCCCUAUGUGUUCUCCUCACUCCCCCGUGUUCUCCUCACUCCCCCGUGUUCUCCUCACCCUCCACCCUCCCUGUGUUCUUCUCACUCCCCCACCCUCCCUGUUCUUCUCACUCCCCCCACCUGUGUUCUUCUCACCUCCCCCCUCCAUGUGUUCUCCUCAUCUCCCCUUCUCCUCCCUCCUCCCUGCAUUCUUCUUACUCUCCCCCCUCCUCCCUGUGUUCUUCUUACUCCGCCCUCCCUGUGUUCUCCUUACCCCGUGUUCUUCUUACUCCCCCCAGUUCUUCUUACUCCCCCCGUUCUUCUUAAUCCCCCUGUUCUUCUUAAUCCCCUCCCCCGUUCUUCUUAAUCUCCCCAACCCCCCUGUUCUUCUUAAUCUCCCCACCCCUUCUUCUUAAUCCCCGUUCUUCUUAAUCCCUCUCCCCCAUUCUUCUUAAUCCCCCUAUCCUCCCCCCUGUUUUUUUAAACCCCACCCCCUGUUCUUCUUACUCUCCCCUUCCCUGUAGCGUGGCCAAGCUCCUCUCCGGUCCGCGGAGCCCGGCUGGAGUGAUAGGAAGGUGCACACUCAGUGUGCACUUACUGUCAGUCCAGCUGGGUACAGGAAACCGAAACUCCUGUUCCUCGCGGAGUUUCUGUUUCCUGUAACCGGCCGGAGUGUGCACCUUCCUAUCACUCCGGCUGGGCACCGCGGAACGGAGAGGAGCUCGGCCACGCUACAGGGAAGGGAAGGGGAGAAGCUGUGCUGCAGCCGCCAGAGGCUCUUAACAGAGCGCUCAGGCGGCUGCAGCAUUAGGACUGGCCCUGCAGCGGCCGGUUUUAAAAUGAUUUGGGGUGGCCUGGGGGGCAAUUGCCUCCCUGCCCCCCGGCCCAGCCCGCCCCUGUACUCAACCACAGGGCCGGCGCGUCCAUAAGGCGAUAUUUCAGUGACCGGCAGGAGAGAAGCUCUCCCUCCUGCUAGGCCACCAUCUCGACCCCCGGCGUGGCGUGCGGCAGUGCUGUGAUCAGGCGCGGCGAGGGAGCUCUAAUCUCCACCCUCUGCUCCCUCGCGCGCUGCCUACUGAUGCCGCGGGAGCCGGAAUAUGACGGCAUCAGUAGGCAGCCCGCGGCAUCAGUAGGCAGCCCGCGAGGCAGCAGAGGGUGGAGAUUAGAGCUCCCUCGCCGCGCCUAAUCACAGCACUGCCGCACGCCUCCCAGCAGCCCCAGCCCUCAGGGACCGAUCCAUCAUCCACACCAGCUCUCCAGGUAGGGAGGCUGGGUGGAAAAUGUGUAUUUAUAAAAUUAUUAGUGAAUGUAUGUGAUGUGUGUCUGUGAGUGACAGUGUGUGUGUCUGUGUGUGUGUGUCUGUGAGUGACAGUGUGUGUGUGUGUGUCUCUGAGUGACCGUGUGUGUGUGUCUCUGAGUGACAGUGUGUGUGUGUGUGUCUGAGUGACUGAGUAUGUGUGUGAGUGAGUGAUUGUAUGAGUGUAUGUGUCUCAGUGACUGUGUGCAUCUGUGUGUGUGUCUGUGAAUGACAGCGUGUGUGACUGAGUGUGUGUGUCUGAGUGACUGAGUGUGUGUGUGUCUGAGUGACUGAGUGUGUGUGUGUCUGAGUGACUGUGUGCGUCUGUGUGUGUGUCUGUGAAUGACAGCGUGUGUGACUGAGUGUGUGUGUGUCUGAGUGACUGAGUGUGUGUGUGUGUCUGAGUGACUGAGUGUGUGUGUGUCUGAGUGACUGAGUGUGUGUGUGUGAGUGAUUGUAUGAGUGUGUGUAUGAGUGACUAAGCGUGUGUCUGUGAGUGACUGUGUGUGUGAGUUGAGUGUGUCUGUGUGUCUGUGAGUGAUUGUAUGAGUGUGUGCAUGUGAGUGUAUGAGUGUCUCAGUGUAUGAUGAGUGUGUUUGUCAGUGCAUGAGUGUGUGUCUGUCAAAUCAGUGAGAGUAUGUUGGUCAUUGAGUCUGUGUGUGACUAUCAGUGUGUCUGUCAAUGAGUGUCAAUCAGUGUGGGUCUGUCAGUGUCAAUGAAUGAGUGUGUCAGAUCAAUGAGUCUGUGUCUGUUAGCGACGUCUGUGUGUUUGUCAUUGAGUGUGUGACUGUCAGUGUGUACAGAGUGUAGUGGAGCAGGGCGCGGUACAGGAGCUUCUGUUUCCUGUACCUGGCCAGACUGACAGGAGGUGCUCACAGAGAGAGCACUCCCUGUCAGUCCGGCCGGGUACAGGAAACUGAAGCUCCUUUAGGGGAUCUGCUCCACUCGGCAAUGCAACAAUAGAGGUAGGAGGCACACCAGGAAGCGGAGUGUGACCACUAAAGGGGUGUGGGGUGCACCAAGGGACAGGGAGGGAAUGGGAGAGAAACACCAAGAGACAGGGAAAAAAGGGGGGAGGGGAGAAGAACACUAAGGGACAGGGAAGGGAAGGGACCACUAAUGGUUGGGGAGGGGAGAGGGGCUGGUUAAGAGGCACAUAGGUGAAGAUUUUUUGGGGGGUGGGGAGGGGGGGCGGAAAAAUGCAUCUUCGCCUAUGUACCUAAAAAUCCAAGCACCGGCCCUGCUCAACCAUCACAGAGUUAUUGGGCAAACUGCCUGCUCUGUGACUUCGCUGUCACUAUUAAGAGCCAGUAGCUUGUAGUGGCUGCAAAUUACCACCAACUUUACAAACUUGUUGCAAAAUGUUUGCAGCCUAUUGCCUAUAACAGCUGCCGAUACAGAUACCAACCACUUGCUUGUUAGCAGCUUUCUGGUAAAGCACAGAAACACACAAUUGAGCAUCUCGUGUGGGCUGUUAGCACCAGGCAACUAAUAGCUGACCAGCAAAGAGCAGCAUCAGAGUAGACACAAGACUUUUUUGUUUUAAGGAUUUAAGGGGACACUUCACCGCCAAUUUACAAAAUAAACCAAAACACUGUUUAGUAGAUAUACCCAAUUUUUUUCCAUUGGUGGGUAUAUAAAAACAGAUUGAAAAAGCUGCAGUUCUCUUGUCUGCUGCCUUUACAAGCCCUCCCAUUCUUCCCCAGCCCAGAUUUACUGUGCAUAUCCAAUCACUGACUUCCCAAUGCAGCUCAAUGAGAUUUUUUGCAAGGCAGAUGCUAUGAGCAAUUGCUGCCUCUUGAGCUUAGCUCCACAGAGCUAACCAAACCAGGAAAUAACAUAACUUGUCUCCUUACAAGCCAAGGCGAUGUAACAAGGUUAAAUUAUAAAAGUGUCAAUUUAUACAGAAAUCUGCACUUGUAGCAACUGAUUGUAAACAAGCACUAUGUCAGCUGUGUUUUCAAUUGCUUGAAAAAACAUGUUAAAGGUGCUCAAAUAAACUCAUGGUAUUAACAACAAUCACAAUUUAGAAUUUAGUGAGGAACCCUCGUGAUACAGUUGCACUCUGCUCUAUUUCUUACUGUGUUUGUCUGAAAAAAAUGUCAAGUCAUGCUAGCCUCAUAAACAGUGUCAUUCCCCAUUGUAUAAUUUUGUGCUGAGUCACGCUUACCUUAGUAGGACCAAGAAAUACACACUGUGUGAAAAGAUGAUGUCAGUGAAGACAUUUCUAUUUUAGAAUUAUUUGGUAAGUUGGGACUGAUUAAUUAAAUUCCUUUCCACUCAGAAAGAUGUACAGUACUUCAUGAUACAAAGUGAUCUGGCUCACUUUGCCAGAUCCCAGCUCCAAUAUAAUAUAUUAUCUAAUUUAUUAUAAAGAUAAAUUAUAUAUUUAAAGGAACACUACAAGUACCAUAAUCACUAGAACAUGAAGUGUAGUUAUGGCGCCAGGAGAACCAUGGGGUCUGCCAGGUGCUGCUGCAAAACCUGAGUAGGAGCUUACUACUCUUGAGGAAUUGCACUUAAAGUUCUAAAAAUGUUUAACUACAUACAGCGGGGGACACCAGGGCACUUCUGGCACCAUAACCACUGUAAAUUUAAAAAACAUCUUUUGUGUCGCUUUCGCACCCACUUACCUCUUUGUGUGUAUCUCCUGAUUUUUCUUGUGUGUUUCUCUUAAUCCCAUUUUCAACCUUGUGUCUCUUAAACCCUUUUAUUUUAUUCUGUAUCUCUUAACCCCCCUUACCUCAUGACUGUUUCUUAAACCUCUUACUAUUUUUGUCCCCCACAUAUACAUACACAGUAUUAUGCAUGCAUACACAGAUAUGCAAUCAUGCAUGUACUCAUAUACAACCAUGGACACAUAUACCUAGACAAACAGUUGCAUACAUAUACACAGUUGUACAGUCACAUGCACACACGUAGUCAAGCAAACAUACACAGUCACAGGCACUCAGUCACAUGCAGAUAGUCACAUACACACGCACAGAGUAAGAUAGACACAAUAGUCAGGUACGUACAGACAGACACAAACGCUAUAUUACACACAGUUACACAAGCAGACACACACACACACACACACACACACACAGCCUUUAACACAUCAUAUGCAGCCAUAAACUUCACACAAAUAUACAACACACAGUUACCAAAACCUACCUAACACAUACAUACCAACACCACAAGCAACACAUAUAGCCUGUUCAUAGACAAAACACGACAAGGAGAUUGUUCAUGCACACCUUUCAUCACACAAUCUUCAAACGCACACUUUGUAAUUCGCAUGUGCACAAUCUUAUAGUCAUAUUGCAGCCCACACACACAGUUAGCUAGCAUGAAAAAGACAAACGGAACAUGUAAAUAAUGGGUAAAUUACAGUAGAUUUGCAAGAUAAAGAGACUGACUGUAUAUUUGGGAUAUAUGGGUGGACGGGGAACACACUACCUACAUGCUGUUCCCUGUCUCUCUACCUUGCAAUUGGAUCAAUUUUCUAAGCAGGACUAUCUUCCACCAUGGUGGUGACAUGCUUGUUCAGUGGUAGCUUAUUCUUGCUAGAAGAGUGUUGUAUUGCAACUAUAGUCCAUGCAUAGGUAUUAGCUGUGAUGGAGUGCAGGAGUAGUGUUAGCACAAUUAUGAGAGGUAUGGGUGAUUACUGCUGAUUCUGAGACCGAACAUUAACUGACUGAAAUUUAAGUGCCCGAGCUUCCAGUUUUGGGCAGGCCCUGUCAUCCCUGGCUGGCAUUAUGUCUAAAUUGCCCCUUACCCAUAUUUACUAUCACAACUGUCCACCGGGGCCUGAGUAUUAUAUUUAUUUUAGUUAAAGGGUUACUCCAACCACCAUGACCACUUCUGCUUGAAACACUGCAUAUUCUAAUAUAUUGGCACUUGAGUGCUGGUGGCUACUCAGAUUUCAGUUUCGGGCUAUUAAAUGUCAAUUCUAUGCAUAAAAUACAUCCGCAGUCAGUGUGCACUGCAAUGGCAAUGGGCGUAUUGGGCUCUGCCUGCAAAGGGAAGCCUGGAUGUCUCCUCCCUUUCUCCCACCCUUCUUUCGUGGAGCCAUUCCCACCUCCCAGUAAUUGCAUUAUUUUUUUAAACAAUCUCUCCUCCCACUCCCUCUCUGAUUCAGAGUGCGCACAUGCGUUCUGAGCUGGUUAAACGGUAAAAUUACAGGCUUCUCAGAUGCUGUGAUGUCAUAAGGGGGCAUGGGAAGGGGUGACCUAAAGAAUAAUGUUCAAUAGUGCAUUAUUCAUUAAGAUUAAAAAGGCAAUUUAAAGGGUUGGAGUAACCCUUUAACUGGAUCACUUUAAAUUAAUGAGCCAGGAAGCAGGUGCGUGCUCUUCUCAGGAGCUUUUGUUACUAUAUUUGUUCCCUCCUGUAGAACUCUGGCUAAACCUCCGGUAUAACAACAAGGUGCACUGCACUGCAGAUUUGGACUCUGGCUUAUGAACUUUCCUCAACCUCAGUUACUUGGCAAUGUGGCUUUCCUGGCUGCCCCAGACUACGACACAGAAUUCUAGUACAGACCGAAACUCGGUAUUUAGCUGGAAUUAAUUUAAUGUGAGGAACAUCAAAAGCUAAACAUUUUUGCUUGCAAGUGUGUUGCUCAAAAGCCACCCAGAGCUUGAUCCCAAAAAUAAUUUGACACCGACACAUACACACAAGCAAAGACAAGCACAUACAGGCACAGACAAGCACACACAGUCCCAGAUAUGCACAGACAGGUACACAUAGACAGGCACACACAGGCUCAUGCCGGCACAGGCAAGUACAAACAGGAAAAGACAGACACAGCCAGGCAAACACAUAUAUUCAUAUACACAACAAAAAACAGGCAGAUAAAGUUUCAGCUUGCUCUUUAUCUGCCAGGCUGUAUUGUUCUCCCUGCUCGCUCCUAGUCUCCUCAGUGAGGCUAAGCUGGGACUGUAAGCCAAGCUGUACUAGAGACACACAUGGAAUAUGACACUCUUUGUGUCUCUAUAACUGUGCUGCUUCAGAUGACUCCUAGACCAAGCUGGGACAGAGCGCAGAGGAGGAGACAAAAAUAUUUAAAACUAUAGGGUUCACAUUUGGUCCAGAACCUCUCCUCUCCCAGCAAAACCCCUGGAUGCAUCAGCUUUGUGCUGACAAUGAAAACUUUCUAUGAUUGGAUUGACUGUAUUAGUGGAAAACAAGAUUUGUUGAGUGGCUGAGGUGCUGAUCCAUGCCUCUAUCUUCUCUCGCCUUGACUGCUGCAAUCCACUCUCGUCUUACCCAACUUUGGCGGUGUUCCCAAUAUUCCCUUGUUACAGUCUAUAACGAAUGCAGCAGUGAGGCUUAUCUUCCUGUCCAACCUAACCUCCCACACCUCCCCCACUGUCAGACCUUACAUUGGCUUUCAUAAGAUUUAGGACUGAAUUUAAAAUUCUGUUACUUGUUUACAAAUCUCUACAUGUCGCUGCUCCAACCUACCUAUCUUCCCUAAUACACAAGUAUGUCCCUUCCAGGCCCCUACACUCUGCCGAAUACUUGUGUCUAUCCUCUCUCAUACUGUCACCUCUAAUGCUUACUUUCAAGACUUCUCUAGGGCUGCACUGUUCCUACAGAACUCCCUUCCCUGCUCCGUUAGACUAUCACCCAGUCUUCAUUCGUUAAAAAAAAAAAUCAUUAAAAACUCUCUUCUUCAGGAAAGCAUAUCAAUUAAAUAGCUUUCCCUCUUUGCAUCUUGCUUCCUUUCCUGCAACUAUGUCAUCGAAAAAAACAACCAUAAAAAUACACUAAGCCCUCACUGAAAACUAUUCUAGCAACCUAGUGUUCCACCCUACCCUUUACCUUUUGUAUCACUGUACCCCACUCCGUCUAGAAUGUAAGUUCAUUGAGCAGGGCCCUCAACCCCUCUGUUCCUGUGCGUCUAACUCAUCUGGUUACAAAUAUUUAUCUGUUAGUCCACCGAUUGCACAGUGCUACAGAAUUUGUUGGUGCUUUGUUAAUAAUAAUAAUAAUACAGUGACAAUGGCUGCCUUCAGUCAGCCCAGCCAUAUAUGUCUGAUCUGUAGAUCUGUAACACUGUUACCCACAUGACAAUGUUAACAGCUUUUUCUAACAGGGAGUGUAUUAAGAUAUUGGUCAGAUUUUCCAGGUUUAAUCAAAGCCACCAAAACAUUUAUUGAAUAUUCAUCAGUCUAUUUUAUUGAAAAACAUGGACAUGUACGUUAUACUGAAUGUAUCCGAAGAGUAUUCCUAGUGAUUUGACAGAGAGUAACAACUAGAGAAAUUAAAUAGUCUCAUUUCAGACUGCGGAAGUUUAUAAACCCUUGAUAAUAUCACAGCCUGGCCAACCAAAGAUACUGAAGUACACUGGGAACCAUUCUCCGAGUCUGGAGAACAUUGUGAUUGUAGGCCAUCAGACCAUGCCAAACCUAAACAGUAUUGUACCAGAAAAUGACCGGCACAAUUCUCGCUUGCUGUCUCACUCAUGCUGCAUUGUGCAUGUUGAAUUGUUGACUUGAUUUGUGUUCAUUUAAAAAAGUAUAUUGUGUAACUUAUAUUUCUUUCAUGUUCUCUGGUAAAAACUAAUUCAGUUGAAAAAAAGAAAGUGGUGGACCCUUCUUAACUUGCUGUGGAAGAUAGUUUGUUGUGAUUAAACAGUUAUCAUUUUUUACCCAGGUUUUCAUGUAUUGAACCAAACAUGUGGUUUAUGUGUCGUGUGCAUGUUCUAAUCCAGUAAAUGAAAUGUGACACUGUCAUUGAACCUAUGUAACGAGUGCAAAACAAUCACAAGUUUGCUGAUAUAAUUUAACCGAUUGCACAAUAAGGACAUGGAAAAUACAUUAACAUUUAUUAAGGAAGAAACUAGCCCUCUCUUCCAACCUGGCUUCAUCUGACACUGAGCUGAUUGGAUGAGGACAUAGAUUGUAAUGUAAAGGGAGGGGAAGACAACACCCACAGAUCUGGUGUCACACACUAUAAAUACUGUCCUCUUUUGUGCUGUGAUCAAUCCUUCUCUGACUCUGAGUAGAGUUCUUGCUUCAACAGUGUUUGAACGGAACCCUCUCUGAGUCUUCAGCUCUUUUUAAAAAAAUCCUCUUCUAUCAUUACUUAUUUUUUCGAAUCUUUUUGCGCCACCAAUACACCAAAACACCGAAAUGGCAUCCCAGGUGCGUCAGAACUUCAGCAGCGACUGCGAAGCUGCCAUUAACCGCAUGGUCAACUUGGAGCUGUAUGCAUCCUAUGUGUACCUCUCCAUGGUGAGUAUACAGCAGCUCAGUUCAUCUUACAGGGUGCUUUGUUCUUACAAACAUAAUACUUGUUGACUUAAUUUUGUGCAUGUCAGAUGGUACACAUCAGGCAACUACAGGGUUAAAUGAUGCUCAGUUUACCUACUUCAGCAUUGGCAAAUUUUAAAACUUGAUUGAACAAUGUAUUAUGGGUAGUAUUAAAAAUCAUCAAAGUUUAAACAAGUAAUCUCAAGAAUCAUGGUAGCGAUACUGUUAAGCUGAAAAAUGAUUAAAAAUCUUCACAAUAGUACACAGCAUUAUAGGGUGGAGAAGUGCAGUAUUCUGUUCCCUAGAGUGAGGUUGUGCAAUAGUUUUACAGUGUAUCGGGUGACUUAAUUUGGAUACUGGCAACGGAGUGGACAACAACUUCAAUCACUCACAGCCAGACAUUGCUUCUUGAGUGCAGGAGUAUCUCCUAACAUGAAUAUUACCCUUGUCAGAAUAUUAAACGUGUCUAAUAUAGAUAGUUCCAAUUUCUAUUCCAUUAUCGUGAAUUCCCACAAUUGUCCUUAUCUUAUCACUAAACACCUUACAUUGUGCUUGUUUAUGGCCCUGGUUAAGAACAGCUUGAUGUUGAUACAUACUGCAAAAAUAAUCGAGUUUUAUUGACCCCAACAUCUUGAUCCCAAGAGGGAUCUGAUGGCCAUUUUGGGAUCGAGUAGGACAUUUUUCCUAGUUGUUGCAAAUAAAGAAGCCCUUCAAACAGGUUUUUUUUUUGCCUUCUCUUGCAUCAACAGCAAAAACAGAUGUGAGUCGGUCUGAACUUGAUGGACCCUCACCCUAGUCUCUUUUCAGCCUAUGUAACUAUGCAUAAAUUUCAGCUAAUUGAAAACGGGAUUGCAAAGUUCAGACAAAACAGAACCAAAUUGAAGUUAUAGGCCAGUUCGAGGAUAAUUCCAAAUCAGCUAUUUUGCCUAAAUUUUGCAAUAAGGUUGAUCAUUUUUUAUAACUUAGCAUUUAGUGCAUUAUGCCGUGAUACUUGUGUUCUUUUAUAAGAACAUUUGAUGCCAAAUGAUAUAGAUUGAAGCAAAUGUUUUGUUACCGUAUCCAUAUAUCCGCCUUUAUAAAGUGUGCAUUUAAUUAAAUCCUGCCUACAGCUUAGUAAACAUUUCAGUUGCCAGGUAAGCCAACAGGCAAAACAUUCUAUAAAAAUAAGGAGGAAGAAUUGUUAUGGGCAAAUGCAAAUAUUACAAGUUUUAGAAUGAAAUGUUGUAUUUCUUAAACUGUGUACUUUGUCUUUAAGAGAUAUUGCAAACUGACAAGGUGUUAGAAAUGGAACAUAUUGUUUUUCAUAGAUGUUUCUUUAAGCAAUAACCUCUUACCUAUCUUCAGUGCAUAAUAUGUUUGCGCCAUCUUGUCCUAGACGAAUUACAAUAACAAUAAUGCGUAAACAGGCUUCAAGGCUAUGCUACAACUCUUUCAGUACACAAUAUACUGUGGUAACCUUAAGUAGAUAAGGAUGUUCAGACUUUAAGAUGCCAUCUUGACCUAAGUCAGGAAAAUUUCCAUUACGUAUACACCCUUUAGUUAUGGACUUGUAUUUUUGCCAAGUUAAGUGAGGUCCUAAAAUGAACAAAGUAAAAAAGUUACUUUUUCAUAUAUGAACUACGGUGACCCUAAAAUGACGACACCUAAGGUAUAAAUAGGUGUACUUUUAAAUGUUAAGAAACAGAGGAGAGACUUGGAGACAGACGCUGCUCCAUCUUAAAAUGACAGAGAGGCUGACAUGAUGACAUGUUCAGAAGGGUAUGUUAACCUAUUAAUGAUAUUUGCAAGCAUUUAGUUUAAUCUUAUAAACUCUGCUAUAAUGGAUUUUAUAUGUCUAUAUUUAUAUUUUAUUUGAUAAAUAUCUAAAAAGAUAAAAUUUUAUUGCUUCCAAGACAAUCCUUAUUUUAUAUUGUAUUCUCAAUUAUUUAUAUAUGUUAAAUAGAGGAUCUCUUACUGACUAUAUAAAAUUAUGGCUAAGAUAUCUGUAUGGUUAGCCCUACUAGGUUCUAUGCUUUAAGACAUUAUAGUGGUAAAUAAGGGAACCAGCCGUGGUUACAGAAUGACUCCUCUGUCUGUGUGUAAACAAGGAGGGGUGUAUUUCUGUAUAUGAGUUUCUGCACACAUACUGUUUGUUAGGCAUGUGCGUUUUUAUAGCAUGAGUAUUCAGUAAUCUUAUGUUGAGGUCCUGGGGGUUUAUUUACUAAUCAUUGAACUCUAGUCAAGCUACUACUGCCUCUCUGAAUGAAGACCAAAAUAACAAUCUGCUAAUUUAGUCUGUAGUUUAAAAGUUGGAUAUCAAGUGACCAUAACUUACUGUUUCAUUAACGCUUGUAGUCUUCUAUCCUCUAUCAGAAUUAGAUUGCUUCCUCUUACUUGUUCUGUUUUAUAUACGGGUAUUAUGUUUAACAUCCUGUUUCCAUCCUAUUAUCUUCCAGUCCUAUUACUUUGACCGUGAUGACGUUGCCCUUGAACAUGUGGCCAAGUUCUUCAAGGAGCAAAGCCACGAGGAACGGGAGCACGCUGAGAAAUUUCUGAAAUAUCAGAACAAGCGCGGUGGUCGUAUCGUUCUUCAGGAUGUGAAGGUGCGCAUAGGGUGCAAGCUCGCUUACAUCUGAAUUUCUAUCCUGCAGUGUGGGACACUUUUUUUUAGACUAGUAUGGGGUCCUCUGACGUUUGCUUUGCUUGGGUAUGAAGGACGCAUACAUCUUACUUUGUGAAAUUAUACAUAUAUAUAUAAAAAGAGAGAGUGCUAUGCCGCCAACGAGGUCACUGCAAGUAAUUAUACUCUUUGAUAAGAAAUUGUUAAAUACUAAUAUAAAAAAACUGUUUAUGUGUACUACAACUUAGCGCUCCACUAUUGUAUAUGAGUCUAUCACUUAUAUCACUUGUAUAGUAUUGUUGGUGUGUGGGAAGGAGGGUAUACCCUCAUGUGUGUUUUAGAUAUGCUAUUACAUUUUUGUCACUACCUCGAGCUCUUAUUAUUAAUAUGGAGGUAAAAGAUAUCAGUUUAUUUGUAAUUUCCUGCUAGAAUUUAAGAAUCUCCUUUUCCCACCAGAAACCAGAGCGUGAUGAAUGGGGCAACACCCUGGAAGCCAUGCAGGCUGCGCUGGAUCUGGAGAAGACUGUGAACCAGGCUCUCCUGGACCUGCACAAGCUGGCAUCUGACAAGACUGACCCUCAUGUGAGUUUUAAACAUUUUCCUUAUAGACUUUAGCUGUUUUUCACAGAAGAGAUCGGUGUACUGUAAAAUAUACACAUAAUAUUUACAUUAUACCUCUAUUUGGCAGUACACUGUUUGUAGAUAUUUACAUCAUUUUGGUUCUUCUGAAUAUUUUUUCCUGAAACAACUGCAUGGACAAAAUUUAUCCAAACUGAAACGUCCCAUGGAAGAAACCAGAUUUGCCCCCCCAAAUUUUAUUUUGGAUGAAUUGACAAACCUUUUUUUUUUUGAUACACAAGACUAGCUAUCAGUGCCUUCUUAUACGCUUAAAGGUGGCCAGAGAAGACAUUACUAUCUACAUAGUCAUCAGUCCCAACUGUCCAGGCCUUGGCUGUGUUAUCUUGAAUUUGAUGACCUGCACCACCCAUCCAGAGUUUGGUCCUUAGUGUUCCUGCUUCCACAAUCACCUUAGUGCAAGCGCAUCAAUCAAGAGUUUGCACCAAAUAACCUCAGCGCUGGCAGCCCAUGCCAGAGAGCUUCAGGUGUGCUCUUGUGCAUGGGCAGCCCAGAGUGGGGUCACCCGUAUGUACUGUUAGCCUGGCGCACACACAUUCUAGACUGGCAUGUCCACAUUUGGUUGGGCCUGCUCUAUACCCCUCCAUCCCAGAUACAAAUCAGCAAAUGUUCUGAGUUGUGAUAUAGUUUCUUUUGGUAUUCAUAUGAACCGUUUUAUUUUCAUAAAAAAGAAAAUUGCCAGGCAUGGUCAUACGAUGGGAGGAAAAUGAAACAACGACACGACACUGAUUAAUACAUCUGAAUGAUUGCUGUCAUUGCUAUCUACUCAUAUUAUGAUCCGCACAUAUCCUCUCCAGAGUUGGCAAACGCCUAUCGUAAAAUAAGAAUAGGGUUGGCAUUAAUGGAGCGGAACGGUACGCGAUUAUUCCUAUCUGGUAGGGCAAUUAUUUAGCUAGUACUCAAGCCCAGCUGGGAUCUCAUGCCUAGGAUGGAUAAGGAGCUCAUAGAUCACAUGAUACCCACAUUACUGACAGAUGUCAACAGUGUGGCAAGGCUGGAGUUUAUUCAGUGUGACCAACAGAAAUGUACUUUAAUUGACUUUUAUAUUAGCCUUGAAAGGGAUUGAAAAAGACUUAUCUUUUUGUUGUGUGAAUAUAUUGUUUAUAGUUAUAUAAAAAAAAAAAAAUCCUCAGUAGACGGCAAGUGCCGAUAGCUCAAAUAUGAAUGGGCUUAUAAUGUGAUUGUAAAGCUGUAUGUUGUAUGAUAUUAUUAUUACACUGGCUUUUGCAUAAGCCCAAAGUCGUUAAUAACUUGAUACGUCUAUUGAGCAAAAAUAAAGAAUUAAAAAAAAUAAAAAAUAAAAAAAUUGCAUUAAGUCCAACCUAUUCUUUUUCACUUAUGUUUUAUUUUAUGUUCCUCCUUAUCUAUACAGCUCCAAGACUUCCUGGAGUCAGAAUACCUGGAAGAACAAGUGAAGGGUAUUAAGAAGCUUGGAGACUACAUCACCAAUCUGAAACGCCUUGGGGUGCCACAAAACGGCAUGGGCGAGUACCUGUUUGACAAGCACACCCUGGGAGAGAGCAGCUAA